UUGAUCAACUUGCUUUGAAUAUAGCACACUUCCUACUCAAACUCCACUUAAUGCUUGUUGUUGCAAACACGACACUGUCAGCUUCUGUAUUCAGGUCACCAACUCUCCAAUACAAUGCAAUUGACGAACGCUAUUUUACCUCGACUCGAUGUUGAGUUCAAAACUCUUGAUGGUCUGACGCUGCGUGGGUGGCUGCUUCCUGCAGCGACAGAAAAGAAACCCGGCCCAGCCAUGAUCAUGUCUCCUGGAUUCAAUAUGCCAAAAGAUGCUACGUUGCCUGAUAUUGGAAAAUGGUUCCAAGAGAAUGGCAUUACUUGUCUUCUUUAUGACCCUCGAGGCCUGGGUAGCAGUGAUGGAGAGCCGAGGAACGACAUCGAUGCAAGAACAGCCGCUGAGGAUAUCCAUGAUGCCGUGACAUGGUUGAAAGGAAAUCCCAUUGUCGAUGACACAAAGAUCGCGCUUUGGGGUCUAUGUUUUGGUGGCAACGUUACUUUAGCAGCAGCAGCGUUCGACAAGCGUGUCGCCGCCAUGGUCUCAGUAGCACCACUCAUCGAUGGGACUGGGAAUCCAGAGAGACGUCAGCCUAUUCUAGAGCUCGCCAUGCACGACCGUGUCAGUCGCUUAGAGGGUGAAGAGCCAAUGUACCUCCCAUAUAUUAAUGAAGAUGGCAGCAUCCCCAAUGGUCUUCAGAUGGCCGCUGAGAUGAUGCCAGCCCUCGAACGACUCGGUGUCGUGAUUGAGAACCGGAUCAGCGUUCAGACAUACUACAAGAGCUUAUCGUGGAAUAUUCUGAACGUGGUCAAAUAUAUUUCUCCUACGCCAGCACUCAUGGUGACCCCAGAGUUUGAUUUGGCCUGCCCCACGGCAGAUCAGCUUGAGUGUUAUGAGCAUAUGAAUGAGCCCAAGGAACUCGACAUCUUGAAGGGUAAGGGGCAUCUUGAUUGGAUAUUUGGCGAUAUUGAGAGUGUUUUGAAUAGGCAAUUGGACUUUUUGAAGCGGCACCUGAAAUUCUAAUCUCUGUCAUUCGUAGCUAUCAAUUAUAGAGAUAUAGAAUGAAAAGGUUCAGGCAGAAAUCAGACACACCCACCCAAACACAGAAAACAUGGUCAUUAUCUGAAAGUGCAUUCGAUAGACAAGAUCACGAG